CCUCCCCUUCUCUCUCACCCACCACCCAGCCUCUCUCUCUCAGCUCCACCGAAGACGGAACCCUAGCAGCCUGCCAGCGUCCGGCCCCGCCGUCAGGUCUGCUCGGAGCUGCUGUUGGGUCGCCGCUUCUGUCCUCGUCGUCGUCGGCCACCCUGAACUCGUGUCUCUGUCCUCAUCGUCGAUCCCUCUCUGUCUCUCGCGCGUCAAGCCUCUGUCUUCAAUUCCCUCUGUGCCCGAACUUACUUUCCUUCCUCCUUCGCGGUCACUUCUCUUCCUCCCUCGCCACCGGCUGGACUGUUGUUAUCUUCUUCUGACUUCUGGGUUAAUUAUUGUUGACUGUUGAGCUGAGCGAGUGUUGUAUUUGGUUGAAGUUUUCUUCAAGCUCAAAUAGUGCGUUCCCCCCUCCUAUCUCUUCGUUACCUCAAAUAGCUAAUAUGGCGGUUGCACCCUAUAUCAACGCUGCUGCACCUCCUAGUUGCGCCACAAAACUCUACUCUGGGUUGAAACUUCAAUCUCCAAGUAUCCCUAAUUCCCUUGCGUGUAAAUCUAAUGUCUCCGCUGAGUUCUACGGAAAAGUUCACAAGAGUCUGCAUUGCGGGUAUGCUAAUCACAAACCAGCAAGGGCACAAAUUCAGAUGAUGCCCAUAGGGACCCCUAGAGUUCCCUAUAGGACACCUGGUGAAGGAACUUGGCAAUGGGUUGAUUUGUGGAAUGCCCUUUAUCGAGAGCGUGUUCUCUUCAUUGGACAAAACAUAGAUGAAGAAUUUAGUAACCAAGUAUUGGCAACCAUGCUGUAUCUUGACAGUAUAGAUAAUGCCAAGAGGAUGUAUAUGUACAUCAAUGGUCCUGGUGGAGAUCUUACACCAAGCUUGGCUAUCUAUGACACUAUGCAGAGCUUGCAAAGUCCUGUAACCACCCAUUGUGUUGGCUAUGCCUAUAAUCUUGCAGCAUUUCUUCUUGCAGCUGGAGAAAAGGGCAACCGCUUUGCAAUGCCUCUUUCCAGAGUUGCUCUGCAAUCUCCAGCGGGAGCUGCUCGGGGUCAGGCUGAUGACAUCCGCAAUGAAGCAAAUGAGCUUUUAAGAAUCAGAGAUUACCUCUUUAACGAGUUGGCUAAGAAAACAGGCCAGCCUGUUGAGAGGAUCACCCAAGACCUGGGCAGGAUGAAACGGUUCAACGCACAGGAGGCUCUUGAUUAUGGGCUUAUUGAUCGAAUUGUGAGGCCACCACGCAUUAAGGCUGAUGCGCCUAACAAGGAGGCAGGAACAGGCCUUGGUUAAGAACUCACGGUUUGUCACCCAGCCAGAGUACUCAUAAUAUUACAGAACCAGGAUUGUUUCUCGUGUUUUAUUUAUCUCCUUAAUUAUUUUCAGGAAUAUGUAUAAUAUUUGAAUAGUUAGAAAUUGUUGGCAAAGAUAAUUGGUUCUUGUUCAGAAAUGGAUGAAUUCAACUUGUUGAAAGCAGUAAAUAAUGCAGUUGAAGCUUUAAGUUCGUAACUCUACCA